AUGACCAAAGAAAAAGCCACAGGCCGGACCUGGAACACGAUCCCGCCCGAGCUGCGUCUCGAGAUAUACAAGAAGCUCUGGGUGCCGCGGACAGUUACCAUCUACCGCAGUGCACACCACGAUGUCAAUACCAGCUUCGAACAUCAAGUUCUCAGUCUGGCCCGUAGCCAAGACCGAGACAGGUUCGAGCAGGACGUCGCCAUCGACGCCCUCUCCGUGGCCGCGCACUGCCCGGCGAUCCAAGUUCCUCGCGAGGAUCCAGUGCCUGAUGCCAACAACGAUCCCCUGACGGCAGGAAACGGGUUCCUUUGCGGGCCUCACGGGCACUGGGAUGCGAACUGGCUGCGACUGGUCAGGGAUUCGAUGCCACCGGACGCCGACGCCAGCGGCUCGGCUCCAAACGGUCCCUCACGACAGCUGCUGCCGCCGCCCCUAUACACCACCACCACCUCUGCGCGCGUCGACAGAAGCACCCUCGUCCCCAUCACGCUCUGGAUCGACCGCGAGUCGCGCGCCGAGACGCUCAAGCACUACCGGCCCGCCUUUGCGCUGCGCGGCGGCGCCACGCGCGUCUACUUCAACUUUGCCCUCGACACGCUCCGCAUCCCCGUGCACGGCAAGCUCUGGCGGCUGGUGCAGCGCCGCGACCUGCAGGACCUCGUGCGGCUGAGGAUGGUCGGCACGGCCGACGACCCUUCGGGCUCGCGCUCGCGCAGCCUGAACCCGACCGCCGCGACGACCCACAACCCGGCCGAGCCGCCGGCGGCCAUGGGGUCGCUGCUGCGCGCCCUCUGCCCGCGGCUGCGCCACGUCACCGUCGAGCCGGCGUGGGGCUGUGCGCGCAACAACCUGGCCUGGCGGCGGCACGAGAUGGAUGACAACUUGGUCAUCUUCAACUGGCGCGAGAUUGGAGAGCUCCAGGUCGGCUGCUCGAGCUGCACGUGGAACCACGGCCACAGGCCCUGCGGCGUGCUCCUCCGGCGGCUCCGCGAGCUCAAGUGGAUGGUCGACAUGCCGCUGAUCAUGCCCGGGAGCAACGGGCCUUCUGAGCCGGGACUCGUGCUGACGUUUCACAGCUCGCGACCCAUCGACGAUUUUGUCAAUGGCGGCGACGAUGGCUACGGCGUGCCCGGAUAUGUCAGGAGCGACGAGACGAAUCCAGGCCUGGACGAAGCCAGGGUGAAGAGCACGCUAUUCCUAGACGGGCAGCAUCCGCGCGCCAGUGUAGAGGAGGACUUCCACCGCCUCUGCACUAUCAACGCCAUGCAGCACAACAUCAGAUUGGCUUGCGACUUGACUACUCACCCGGCAGGUCAGAUGAACAACUCGAUAGACUGCAAAUUCGAGUUCCCGCCCAGUGUCUCGGAUCAAAAAACAAUCCUAUGGGUGCGGUCAUUGAUUGCCUGUAAUCCGGAUGCAUCCAUGUCAAUGCUGCAGUAUGUUUUGAAGUUGCAAAUGGCUGGACAGUCGCAACGAGUUGAAUACAGUCAAUAG